AUGCAAUCUGUGUCACCGAGCGAGGAGGAGACCGUCACGGUACAGGUCUUGCUUAUCGAGAACGACUCAAUAAUCAAAGCGGCUGUGGUGAGACCAGAAUCGGCAAAGGAUUCUGUAUUGGCUAAAGUAAUUCGCUAUACGGUUAAUGGGUGGCCUGCUGAGAUUGAGGAAGACCUCAAGGCAUAUGCCAGCAAGAGAAUGGAAUUGUCUGUGGAGAAUGAUAUCUUGUUAUGGGACAACCGGGUGGUGAUUCCUAACUCACUUCGAAUGCUCUUGCUACGAGAUCUGCAUGCAGAGCAUUUUGGCAUGGUGAAAAUGAAGCAAGUGGCCCGGCGCUACCUGUGGUGGCCCGAUAUUGACCAGGAUAUAGAAUCUAAAGUCAAUGCGUGUUUGCAAUGCCAAGAGAGUGCCAAAUGCCCACCGGCAAAACCCGGUGUUUGGUCAUGGCCUACGGGUCCAUGGAAACGGAUACACAUUGAUUUUGCCGGGCCAUUUCUGGGGAAAAUGUUCUUGGUGGUGGUAGAUGCUUACUCUAAGUACUUGGAUGUAAUACCCAUGGCUCAUGCAACCAGUGCGACCAGGAUUUCUGCUUUACGCCAUCUGUUUUCUGUGUUUGGUUUGCCUGAGCACUUGGUUACAGAUAACGGCAGUCAGUUCACGAGUGCGGAAUUCCAGGCAAUCCUGGAUGGCAAUGGCAUUCUACACACAACAACGGCGCCAGGUCAUCCAGCAACUAAUGGCCUCGCCGAACGCUACGUUGGCGUCUUCAAGCAGAAGAUGAAAGAAAUGUCAACUACUGGUGAACAACUCAACGUCAGGCUCGACAUCUCUUAG